CUCUUUCGCCCCGGCGAGGCGGCCAAAGUGCGAGGGCAAUACGACACGAUACGACAUUUGUGAUGGGUGGAGCGGGUCCAGAGGCCUUUUCGGUGGGGCCUGGCCUUGGCCGAUCCCCGCCGCCCAAGCGCUCAGACUCUGCGCAUCCCGUCACUCCGUCUGCCGCUGCUGGCGCAUCAUCCCACACUCCAUGCCCAUCGCGGAUAGCUUCCGUCACGGCUUGAAUCCUCCCACGUGCUAACCAGCGCCGUCGCCCAAGCCCUUUGUGCCUCUCCUGACGGCGCUUGCGUCGAGAGAAGGGGAGGGGGUACGUCACUUUUGCCGGCGUCGUACAGCUGCAACAAAUUUCUUGUCGGUGCCAUGGUUGCUGACGGUAGCGGUGUGCCUCCUUGUCCCUCUGGCCUCUCUCGGUCAAUAUUGUCGCGCAAUUCACCCCCCCCCCCCCCGCCAAUCUCCCCC